UUUUCAUCAAUACUGCAGCGACUCGAAAGAAACGGAAAGAGUUUAUCUCUCUCACACUGAUCUCGAUCUUCAGGUAAGGUCUCUCGAUCAAUGAAUUUCUGUAUCGAUUUCUAUCUUCUAUCAAAUGGAGCAAACAGUAGCACUAGCAUUGUUGUAAUGAUCUAUUACGUGGCUCGUAAGUUCCAUAUGUUGAUGUAUUCUUUCGAUAUACGUGCGUCCAAGUCUUUAUUAAUCAUCCGUACCCAAUACGCUCAUCAAAACAAAAUCGAGCGACUUGAAUCUACUUUACUCCUGUGUUAACCGUUCCAGUCUUUAUUCAUACGCAAGGUCUGCUGCUAGACGGAGGGAGAGAGGGAGGGAGAAAGGAUAAGAGCAAUUGACUUUUCACCAGUUUAGCGUUAACGGCUCAUGCCAAAACCCAAGCAAAAGAAGGCCUUGAACCAGUGUAUGAUAUAUUUUUCUCUCUGUGAGGACAAAGGAUUUUGUGCUGCUGGAUUGAAAGGGAAGAAAGGAGUUCAAUUUUAUCAGGGCAGCAAGGUGAAUCCUUUCCCUGUACCUCAGACGUUAAUUUUCUUCGGUGCUGUUGCAAUGGAUGAUGCCAUGGAGACUGGUAAUUUGGCUCCCUACCAAGAGAGACCUAGGACCUUUCCGAAUAUGCGCAGUAAACCUAGCACACCUCUGAUAUUUCGAAUUCUCAUGAGAAUGAAUGUCCGUCUUCUUUUUGUGCUUCUGUUCUUGGGCUUUGGAGCUAUUUUUUACAUUGGAGCUAGUACCUCGCCAAUCAUUGUCUUUGUAUUCUCAGUUUGCAUCAUCAGUUUUCUGUUAUCAAUAUACCUGACUAAGUGGGUACUUGCAAAGGAUGAAGGACCUCCUGAAAUGGGUCAGAUAUCCGAUGCAAUACGUGAUGGAGCUGAGGGUUUCUUUAAGACCCAGUAUGGGACUAUCUCUAAGAUGGCAUUAUUGCUAGCAUUCGUGAUCUUUGGCAUAUAUAUGUUCCGUAGUACAACUCCUCAACAAGAAUCUUCAGGCUUAGGGAGGUUAACUUCUGCAUCUAUCACCGUCUUUUCUUUUCUAUUAGGAGCUGUAUGUUCUGGUAUGGCUGGUUAUGUUGGCAUGUGGGUCUCUGUACGUGCUAAUGUUCGUGUUUCAAGUGCAGCAAGACGGUCUGCAAGAGAAGCUCUGCAGAUAGCUGUUCGUGCUGGCGGUUUCUCUGCUUUGGUGGUUGUUGGUAUGGCUGUAAUUGGUGUUGCAAUCCUUUAUGCCACAUUUUAUGUUUGGUUGGGAGUGGAUUCGCCAGGUUCAAUGAAGGUUACUGACUUGCCUCUUCUUCUUGUGGGCUAUGGUUUUGGAGCUUCAUUCGUAGCCCUUUUUGCUCAAUUGGGUGGUGGAAUAUACACAAAAGCUGCUGAUGUUGGUGCCGAUCUUGUCGGAAAAGUAGAACAGGGAAUACCUGAAGAUGAUCCUCGGAAUCCUGCUGUCAUUGCUGAUCUGGUUGGAGAUAAUGUGGGUGAUUGUGCAGCUCGAGGAGCUGAUCUGUUUGAGAGCAUAGCUGCAGAGAUAAUUAGUGCUAUGAUACUUGGAGGAAGCAUGGCUCAGCGCUGCAAAAUUGAAGAUCCAUCUGGCUUCAUCCUAUUUCCCCUUGUUAUUCAUUCAUUUGAUCUCAUAGUAUCGUCGGUGGGAAUAUUUUCAAUACGUGGAACACGUGAUCCUGGAGUGAUCAGUGUUAUGGAGGAUCCUAUGACGAUACUUCAGAAAGGAUAUUCUAUCACAAUAAUUUUAGCGGUUGUGACUUUUGGUUUGUCCACACGUUGGAUGCUGUACACAGAACAAGCUCCUUCUGCUUGGUUGAAUUUUGCACUAUGCGGUUUGGUUGGAAUCAUGACAGCUUACAGUUUUGUCUGGAUUACUCAGUAUUACACUGACUAUAAACAUGAGCCUGUACGCAAAUUAGCUCUUUCCAGUUCAACAGGCCAUGGGACUAACAUAAUUGCGGGCAUUAGCUUGGGUUUAGAAUCUACUGCUCUUCCUGUCCUUGUGAUAAGUGUAUCUAUUAUUUCGGCUUUUUGGUUGGGCCAGACCUCAGGGUUGGUUGAUGGAGACGGAAAUCCAACUGGUGGAUUGUUCGGGACAGCAGUAGCAACAAUGGGUAUGCUUAGUACUGCAGCCUAUGUUCUCACUAUGGAUAUGUUUGGCCCAAUAGCAGAUAAUGCUGGUGGAAUUGUUGAGAUGAGUCGGCAGCCUGAAAGCGUUCGAGAGAUCACUGAUGUUCUGGAUGCAGCUGGGAACACCACAAAAGCAACCACCAAGGGGUUUGCCAUUGGAUCAGCUGCCCUUGCAUCUUUUCUUUUGUUCAGUGCGUAUAUGGAUGAGGUAGCGGCAUUUGCUCAUUCCCCAUUUACACAGGUUGACAUCGCUAUUCCAGAAGUAUUUGUGGGUGGAUUGUUGGGCUCUAUGCUUAUCUUCCUUUUCAGUGCGUGGGCCUGUGCUGCAGUUGGUCGGACUGCCCAGGAGGUUGUUAAUGAAGUAAGAAGACAGUUUAUUGAGAGGCCGGGCAUCAUGGACUACAAGGACAAACCAGAUUAUGGGAGAUGUGUCGCAAUUGUUGCCUCUGCAUCUCUGAAGGAGAUGAUAAAGCCUGGAGCCUUGGCUGUUAUAUCACCUAUAUUUAUUGGCAUUCUCUUUCGGAUUUUGGGUUACUAUACAGGGCAUCCUUUACUUGGGGCUAAAGUUGUGGCUGCCAUGUUGAUGUUUGCUACGGUUUCUGGUAUUCUCAUGGCUCUUUUCCUCAACACUGCUGGUGGUGCCUGGGAUAAUGCUAAGAAAUAUAUUGAGACAGGGGCACUUGGAGGCAAAGGAAGUGACAGCCACAAAGCAGCAAUUACUGGUGACACCGUAGGUGACCCAUUCAAAGACACAGCUGGCCCUUCGCUUCAUGUCCUUAUCAAGAUGCUUGCAACAAUAACGCUGGUCAUGGCUCCAGUCUUUCUGUGACCCCAUCGGCUGCACAUAUAUAUAUACAAACAAAACCAGUAGGGAGUAAUUGAAUCAAGGGGUUCAUUACUUUAUAAUAUUGAUUCUCUUUUUUCAACUUGCUGUACUUGGAAGCAAGAUGCAUGUGAAAGGUGGCAGGCUCGUCUAUAUCUUUAUGGCAUAUGAAGCAACUAGUGGCAGACUUCCUAUCAGUUUUUCUCCCAACAGAUGAAGCCUUAAACUUUACCUUAAUAUAACUCCUCCUUGCUGAGUUAA